AUGCAUCUGCACAUAUCUCUCACUUAUAAGCUCGCGUCUAGCACUCGUGCACCCACUUCACUCCAUCAUCACCCCAUCUCCCUCGAUCAUCACCCCAUCUCUCUCGCUCAUCACCCCAUCUCCUUCACUCACCAGCCCAUCUCCCUCGCUCAUCACCCCAUUUUCCUCACUCAUCAGCCCAUCUCCCUCACUCAUCACUCUAUUUCCCUCACUCAACAGCCCACCUCCUUCACUCAUCACCCCAUCUCCCUCACUCAUCACCCCAUCUCCCUCGCUCAUCACCCCAUCUCGCUCGUAACCAUCGUGCUUGCCAGUAUAGUGGAUCAGGAGAUUCUCCCUCCUCACUUGCUAUUCUUCCUCCUUGCAGCUCCAUUCCUCACUUCCUAUUCCUCCUUGCAGCUCCAUUCCUCACUUGCUAUUCCUCCCCGCAGCUCCCUCCCUCACUUGCUAUUCCUCCCUGCAGCUCCCUCCCUUGCUUGCUAUUCCUCCCUGCAGCUCCCUCCCUUGCUUGCUAUUCCUCCCUGCAGCUCCCUCCCUCGCUUGCUAUUCCUCCCUGAAGCUCCCUCCCUCACUUGCUAUUCCUCCCUGCAGCUCCCUCUCUUACUUGCUAUUCUUCCCUGCAGCUCCCUCCCUCGCUUGCUUUUCUUCCUCCUUGCAGCUCCAUUUCUCACUUGCUAUUCCUCCCUGCAGCUCCUUCCCUCACUUGCUAUUCCUCCUUGCAGCUCCCUCCCUCACUUUCUAUUCCUCCCUGCAGCUUCCUCCACACUUGCUAUUCAUUCCCCCUUGCAGCUCCCUCCCUCACUUGCUAUUCUUCCCUGCAGCUCCCUCCCUCACUUGCUAUUCAUUCCUCCCUGUAGCUCCCUCCCUCGCUUGCUAUUCCUCCCUGCAACUCCCUCCCUCCCUCACUUGCUAUUCCUCCCUGCAGCUCCCUCCCUCGCUUGCUAUCCCUCCUUGCAGCUCCAUUCCUGGCUUGCUAUUCCUCCCUGCAGCUCUCUCCCUCACUUGCUAUUCAUUCCUCCCUGCAGCUCCCUCCCUCACUUGCUAUUCCUCCCUGCAGCUCCCUCCCUCGCUUGCUAUUCUUCCCUGCACCUCCCUCCCUUACUUGCUAUUCCUCCCUGCAGCUCCCUCCCUCACUUGCUAUUCAUUCCUCCCUGCAGCUCCCUCCCUCACUUGCUAUUCAUCCCUCCCUCCCUCCCUCCAUCCCCCUUCACACUGCUGCCCUGUUUCGCCCUCUAUCCUGAAUCUGUUUGUUGUUUGCACACACGCUAA